UGUUUCGUCAAUAGGGCAGCUUCACCGUCGUCAGCAGAACAAUGGCUGCUUCCGCCGUGGCAGAUUUGCAGGAGGAAAGGGUCACUAGUAUCUACCGUGUAGCGAGGUGCAUAAAGAGGAAACAGAAUUCCCUUUACAAUGCCCUCCGUUCAAUCUACGAGGACUCUAUCUUCGUGGCUGAGAUCGCUGGCCUUUGGCCGGAUCUUCCCUUAGUGGCUAACCUCCGUUGUGGACUCUGGUACUCUCCGCGCUUUGAGGCCACUUGCUACUUCAAGUCCACCGACGGCCACGCCAAUAACUGGUCUUUCAGCACAUCGCGCCUUAACCUUCACCUAGCUCUUCUCGCUGGGCAGAGAGGUGGAUGCAUUUUAGUGGAUUCUACACGCAAAGGGAAGCGCUUCCCUGACAGCAUGUCGAAGACGAUACCGAUAUGGACAUGUGUGUUGAAUCGAGCAAUAGAGCGGUGGUUUAGGAGAAUGUCAGGACAGAUUCAGGCAGAUGAUCAACAGGAUUUGAGUCUCUCAUCUAAUGAGAUUGUGGAAAGGCACAUCUCACCUUAUUGGGAUUGCUCCUUGCAUCUUCCACUAUGGGUUUCUGAUACCGAGAGAGCUGCUAUAGAGGAUCAUGUUGAGGAAUGGACGAGACAGUUGGAAGCUUGUGGUGCCGAUAUAGGUUCGCUUGCAUCAACAAUCAAAAAGCCAUUGCGUCCAUUGUGGAUCUCUCAGAAGACUGUUAUCUGGUUGAACGAAGUACCUGAAUAUGAUUCAUGGGAUUUCACACCUAUCAUCCUGGUUUCAGCUUCAGCAUUUCAUGGAACAAUCCAGCAAAGAAGCACCUCAGAAUUUAGUUGGCAUUACAUUCCUGGAGCUGGAGAUGAUGAAGAGAGUUGGGCGCGAGGUUUACAUCCUACUUUAUUUUGGAAACAUGCAUAUGAUUUCAUUGAUUCAGGGCCUACUAUUUGCAACCAAAAGGUUUCCGAGCUUGUCGAAAAAGACAGAGUGUACCGCGCUCAGAGGGGUGAUUUUUCUCCUCAAGUUGAAGUUAGAACUCGGAAGAAAUUGACGAACAAUGCUGAGCAGUCAUGUAUAUCAAUGGCUUCUGAACUUUCAGUUUCUAUGAGUACCAAAUCAUUCAAUUCAGAAUGUGGCUUAUAUUGGAUUGGUUCAACUAAUGUUGCUGUAGGAAGUACAAUAGAUGGGGUGAAAUCCUUUGCUUGUGUUGAUUGUGUAUUGAAUUGUGAUCCCAAAUCAACUUCAUCGUGCUCUACUUCAGAUGAUGGCUAUUUUCAUCUUCCUAUUCUGUCCUCAAAGCUGGACAGGUUCUCCUUGAUGAAUAGCCUUCAUUUGUCAAUAAGGUUUGCUGGAUUGCACCUGAAAAGAGGGAAGAAAUUACUCAUUUGUUGUCAUAAUGGAGAAGACAUAAGCGUAUGUGUGUGCCUUGCUAUCUUGGCAGCCUUAUUUGAUGAAGAAGGAUGUUUUGAUGAUGGCAAGUUCUACAUGUCGACAAGUAUAACAAAAUGGGAGAUGAGGCGGCGGCUUGUAUUCAUCUGCAUGUUCGCUGUGAAUGCGCGACCUUCCCGAGGAAAUUUGAAGCAGGUUUUUGGUUUUCUCAGGACAAACAGAGAACAUCUUCUUACUACUAAUCCUACUAUAGAUGUUAAGGCUUCAGAAGAAAAGAGUUGGGCGGUUAAGGCUGAGAUUUUAGCAUCUUCUGGUGCAGUAUACCAAGUGUCAUGAGGUUCUGAUUUUGUUGGCAUAUGAGAUUUUGUAUGUUUAUUGUAUUUUUGUCAGUUCUUUAUCCACUUCAUUUCUUAAUGGUCUAAAAUCGGAUAUAUUUAUCAUUUAGAUGAGAUUUUUUGUCAGUUUAGUUGCUCUUGAUCCUUCCAAGGGAUC